AUGACCCAGCCUAAGAGGGGCAAUGGCCAACUCAUCCACACAUGCAAGUGGCAGACCAAGAGGCCUAAAACGGCGGCAGCAGCACAAAUCCACAGCCAACGAAUACACCGGCAGGUGGGAACCACAACUGGAGCCACAUUAUACAUACCGACUAGGUCCUCUGCCCACACUGAGACACUUCUCCUACACUGCUGGACCAAGGGGAAUGCGGCACGCACCAUAGCUGCAACUAACGGCGCAGGGGGAGCACACCCAGCCCCAACAAGGCAUCAGCUGACCCAUACAAGACUGGGACUCAAUGUCAGGCACAGUGCCCAAUAUUCAUUACCUUUUAAUACCCGAGAUGAACUCUCACACCUGUAUGCAUGCAAUUCAAUAGCCCUUUUAUUUAUGCUGGGGACCGCAGGGGGGAUAUCGCUAGGGACCAAGCGAUUAUAA